CUUCCGCCUGAUUGAUGAGUGUAUAGACGACUACAAGGAUAGCUAGUAUUCAAGUAGAGAUAUUAUCUCAUGAAUAGAUGCUGACUCAGCAACGGAGACAUCAGUCCAGCCCCGACGUCAACAUCUGACAUCCAGAGUCCAGACACUCCACAAUUCGCCAUUCAGCGCCUCAAGAACCUCCAACGCCAGCUCUCGAGCCGACCAAGCCGCUCCUUCCCCAUUGCAAGCCAGCUCGAGAUGACUGACUUGCUCUCCAAGAAGUUUGGCCCAGAAACGAUCAACUUCUUCGCCGGCUCGACUCUCAAUCGCUUCUCCUUCAAGCGAACAGAUCAUGCCUUUUUGUCGGCCUCAUUGCUGGAUCCAACAACGCGAUUUGUAACGUUCAAUCAACUCGACCCGCUCGCUGAUAAAGACGGCAAGCUUGUGUUGCUCGAGCACAAGGAUGUGAGGGACAUUAUCGGCAACCCAUACGAAGUCUCGGAUGCCGACAAGAUUGCGUCGUGGUCUGCAGAGGAUGAUACGUCCAUCGUCAUCUUUCUCGGCCUAGAUGAAAGCAAGCCUACUGCACAAGGUGGCGAGGCAUUUUUCGCUGUGGACGUUACGCCAUUGCCGAAGCAAAAGGAAGAAGCCAAAAAAGCCUUUAUCGAAACGCAAACAGCUGCUGGGCUGUCCUUUAAAAAUGUUCGUGUGGGUGUCAAGAUGGCCCAGCAUGAAGCAGCCAUGGUGGCAAUGGGCCGUUCGCUGAUUGAUUGGAAUGCACGAAAUGGAUACUGCUCUGGCUGCGGCGGCAAAACGAUCGGUGUGUGGGCCGGUGCGAAACGACAGUGUCCAGACAAGGAUCGUGUUUCUGGAGAUCGUCUACCUUGCUUUUCCCGAAAGGGCUUGCAUAACUUCCAGUAUCCCCGAACCGAUGCUGUCAUUAUCAUGGGCAUUCUCUCAAAAGAUGGCAAAAGAAUGCUUCUUGGACGGCAAAAGGUAUGGCCUGCAGGCAUGUUUAGUUGCUUGGCUGGCUUUAUUGAGCCUGGCGAGUCGCUGGAAGAAGCUGUGCGUCGCGAAGUAUGGGAGGAGAGUGGUGUCAAGGUUUCGCGGGUGCAAUACGCCAGCUCCCAGCCUUGGCCAUUCCCAUCAAACCUCAUGAUUGGGUGUAUCGGUGUUGCCGAGGAAGAGACAAUUGACUUGGGGAAUGACCCGGAGCUGGAAAAGGCACAGUGGUUCUCUCGCGAUGAGCUGAGCAAGGCUGGUGAGAUGGGUAUUGAUGGUGGUGGCGACAAGGAAGCCACAGUGUCUGUGCCACCAGGCAUGGCCAUUGCACGCAAGUUGAUUGAUUGCUUUGUACGGGAUGACUGGUCCUUGUAAUCACCUUUUGCCGCCGAAAAUAUUGCGUCCCGUCGCCUCAUUUUGUCGUCGUUUUGCGUCGCGUGCUUCCAGAGCAAGUCGUCCUGCUUUUUCUCUUGGAUCAAUGAGCUCGAGUUCCAUCCGUUCUUUGUAGGUCAGGUCCUUGCCGCGCAAGUCUUUAAAGACGAGCUGAUGCGAUAAAAAGUCGGCGUCGUCUACAUCUGCUUCCUGAGUUGUCUCGCAAGAUUCGCACUGUGGGACGCCAUGGAGUUUACAUGGCAAAUGAGAGGUUGCAACAGUGUGUGUUGGUCCUGCAGAAGCAAGUCGUGAUUGAAACGUAGAUAG